AUGCCUUCCACUCUAGCCCAGAAUCUGCUUGUGUCCCUGGUCCUGGUCCAGCUGGCCCGUCCCGACCGCACUCCCAGUGCUACUACCAUCUCUCAGACCUACAACCUGGCCCGACUGCUGCAAGCCAACACCACGAAGCUGCUCAACAUCUACCUGAACGCCCAGGGCUCCCCAUUCAGUGACCCCGGUUUCAGCGCCCUGGGGCUACGGUGGGCAGGGGUGCCGGUGGCCUCCUUCCCGUUCCUGGCCUGGCGCACCAUGGGCGACGCGGAGCGGCUGGCACAGAACUACGGGGCGUACGCCACCUUUGACGCCUUCCUCCAGCUGGUGUGGGAUGACCAAGAUGAGCUGUGCCCCGACUGCUCUGAGCUGCUGGCCAUGCUGGGCACUGCCCGGGCCCGGACACGAGGUCUCCUGGCCAACCUGACCUCCAUUAUGGCUGCCAUGGGCAUCCCGGUGACCCUGGCCACAGACCCUUUGACCUCAGAGGCAGCCGGGGUGGGGGCAUUUGAGAAGAAGUGCCGGGGCUACGUGGUAUGCCGGGAGUUCCAUGGCUGGGUCGACCGGACUGUGCGUGACUUCACCCUGCUCAAGGCCAAGUACCCGGCCUAGGAGGUGCCGCCACGCCAGGCACUGUCUGUGAGCAUAGAGACCGGACCAUACAUUUCCUGUUGGCCUAGAGGAUGCUUCCUGUUGGCUGGGCCAAUGCACUUUCUGUUGACUUAUAGACCGGGCCAUGCACUUCCCAUUGGCUGGGCCAUGGAUUGCCUGUGAUCCUAUAGACUGGGCCAUGCACUUGCUGUUGGCCUAGUGGAUAGCCAAUGCACUUCCUGUUGGUCUAUGGAUUGGGUCAUGCAUUUCCUGUUGGCCUAGAGGAUGGCCAAUACACUUCCUGUUGGCCUAUGGACUGGAUCAUGCAUUUCCUGUUGGCCUAGAGGAUGGCCAGUACACUUCCUGUUGGCCUAUGGACUGGAUCAUGCAUUUCCUGUUGGCCUAGAG